ACAGGAACAAGGAAAUAAGAGAAGAUGCUGCUAAUCCUUUGUUAGUCUAGUCUGUGCUUGCUUGUUGAAGUCAGAGGCGCGAGGCCGAAGAAGGAGUGAAGAAAGGCUGAACUGCCUGGCUGGAUCAUUUGACAUUUUGAUUAGGAUACUUACAUGCAGAUACUGAGAUAGACAAUACUGAAUUGAACAGGAACAAGGAAGUGACUUACCCAUUUAUAGCAUAUACUAGUACCAGUGGUACUGAGCCUGAGUUUGUUCAACUGAACUGAACUUCCAAGUUCAAGAUGGUCUACAUGUCGGUUGCCGCUCGAAAUGAAAAGAUGGUGCACCUGGCGAGAUCGCCUGGGUUUCGAGCUUGGAGUACAUUUUUUGGUAUCCUUGCUAUAGGUUGUGGGAUGGUAAUCUUCUCAAAUGAUGACUGGCUGUGGAAAUCAUUCUGUCUCUUCUGCUGUGGAUUUGUGGCAAUAUGCUCUCUAGAUGACUGGGAGGAAUGCAUCAUUGAAAAGGAUGGUGACAUUCUUCUGAAGAGGUUUAGUUUGAUUGAGAAGAUCCUUAGACCGAAAGAAAAUCAGCGGCAAGUUAUUGCUGAAUCAUCUAGUAUCGUGAAAGCUGAAGUUGAAGCAGAAGACAUCAGAUUCUUUGGUAAAGGGCGUCUAGUAAUGCUCUACUUCAGUGCUGGCUACACCUUGCCUCUGACAGAGAAGUGCACUCUUGGAGAUGGAAGUGAUCAUGAGGUGAUAGCAGAACUGAUCAGAAAAUUUCUAGAACUUGAAAAGAAGACAUGGGUACAAAUGGAAUUCAAAACUCCUAAUAACCAACCCCAAUUAUCAUCAUCAUCGUCAUCAUCAUGCUCUUCUUCAGACGAAAUGGGAGAAGAUGCUGAAACAAGAUAGCAUCCAACUGAUUAAUUAAAGUUCUCCAUGAAGAUGGUAAACAUUUUUCUAUGUGUCCCAUGUGGACACAUUUGACAGUUUUGGCACUUUUUUACAUAUUUAAAAAUAUUCUACUUAAACACAGUAUAUGAUAUUAACCCAUGCCUACUAGAACGGUUUGAUUCCUGUACGAAGCCUAUGGGAAAUACAGAAUUCAGUUGUCAUUAGGUGAAGUUGCAUUGUUCUUGCAAGGUAUGGGGAACAUCUGUGUUUACCAAGAUCCUUACUCUUUGUUACCCCUCGAUUCUUGGGGUACGUUCGGACUUGUAGGCUGACAGGAUUCUGUCCUGUCCGUCCAUGUACACUAUCUUCAAUAGAAUGGGAUUAUUGUUUACUUGUUUAUUUUUAUUUAUUUCUUUUCAACUUGUGGGCUGGAUGGCCCUCUUCACCAAGAUACUGUUCUUCUGUGGGGUCAAUUAUACAUUUAAAGAUACAAAUGUACAAUGAGUAAAAACAAGCACAUGUAAACAGUAUUAACAGGGUUCCCACAGUCAUGGAAAAUCCUGGAAAAAAUUGUGGUCAUAUCAUGGAAAGUCAUGGAAUUUAGAAAAUUUGUGAAAAGUCACAAAAAAGUCAUGGAAUUCAUUUACCUCUUGGCUAUGGCAGCUUUCCAGUUUGUCAUGUCUUGCAACUCUCAUACUCUGCUAUUAUAAUUAGUGUUCAUGAUUUUCAUUUUUCCCAGUUUUGUGACAUCCCAAACUCUACCUAGCUCCCGGGAUGUCACGGGAAGUCAUGGAAAGCAGCAAUAGUCAUGGAAAAGUCAUGGAAUUUUCAAAUUUCUGCGGGAACCCUGAUUAAAUACCUGGGAUACACCUUCCACUAACUUAUUCUGAUGCAAGCGAUGAACACUUCCAAAUGCUACAGCAUUCGCCUCCUUCCUCAUUAAUCCAGUGUAGACUAGGAUUUCCUUUAAGAUGUCAUAAAUAUUUUAUCUCGCUCUUUAUAACAAUGGACUUCUACUCCUCAGGCUCUGAUAAUCUCGGCCAGCGUCAACUUGAAGGUUCUUUAUUUUCCAUUCCAGCUCGGAAAUAGUCCUCUUUGAUCUAGGUCUAAACUAUGGACACUGCUAUGUUCUGCUGCUGUUUCAAAUCGCGAACCAUUUUAGAAAUGGCAGCUAUAUUACUCUGUAUGGUGUCCAGCUUCUGUAUACCUAGGCUGAAAAAUGGGUUAGUAUUUUCAGAAGAGUGAGUGUCAGAUUCAAAUCACUGUCAUGUCACUGCUGAGCAUGGUGGUUUGUCACUGUAUAUGGUUGCGAAGUAAGCACGGGCGUUGGCGGAUCCAGAGGGGUGGCAUUUCCAGCCCGUGCCCCCCCCCCCUUUUGAGAGUCGUAGUCAAUAUUUGUAAUGUAAAUAUGCCGUUCAUACACAAGUGUGCCCCCCCCCCCUUUUUUUGAGAGUCACAGCAAAUAAUUUUUAUGGGAAUAUGUCUUAUAUACCGAUACACAAGUGAGGACCUUUUUUUUACCUUUUGGAAAAUGGGCCCCUUUUGAAAUAUCCUGGAUCUGUCCCUGAAACAUGGGCGUUGGCCUGCUGAAAACAUGGAUUCAGUAGGCCAACGCCCAUGUUUAUAGCACAAUUUUCUUCUCAAGUUAUAAGGUUUGGACAAGAAAAAAAAUACCAGAGGAAUUGCUGAGGAUAUUAUUGUUAAGUGUCUGGUUUUAGAAUGGAAGAAGCUACUAUGAUUAGAAACUAUGGCCCGUAUUCUGAAGUCAGGUUUUAAGUUGUGGUUUAACUAUGGAAAGCCAGUUGUUACAUAAAUCUCUAACAGUAGAGGUUCAAUGUAUCAGCUCAUUUGACUCCCAAAACAUUAUUAACUGCCUGGGAAGGAUAAGUAUGACAGUUGUCUCACCAUUAAAGAAUUUGUGAAGAGCACAGUAAACAUGAGACGCAUUCACUGUAAACAAAAUUUUGAAACAUUAAGCUCCCCAUAAUUUUAGUACAGAGUUAGACCGUGGUCUAAGUUAAACCUGACUUCAGAAUACGGGUUUUAGGCUUCAUUUGUGCCAGAGCUUACACAGCAGACUGCUCAGGCUUGUCUAUUAUCAUACUGAAUCAUUUCUUUUUAUAUACCCUGUUUUCAUCUUGGAGCUUGUGGAAUUAAUGUUCAAUGGGGUUUAUAAUGUUUAAUAAGGCUAUAUGCUUUUUUUUUUUGAAUGCCACAUUCAACUUGCUAUUUUCCAUGUUAUUUUUACGAUUGGAGGGUAUGUAAGAUUAUUUUCUGUCACAUGCUUUUUGUGUAUUAUGAUUUUACACUUUUUAUUUAGAGUAUCAUACUACAAAUACAUGUUUUUGU